AUGAAUAUCGGAGCGAGUACUUCUCAACAAAGAUCACGUGUUCGAAGAUAUAAUUCAACAGAAUUACUAGCGAUAUUAGAAGAAUCUUCUAGUGACGAGGGUGAGUUUGUUGCUUCUGAUAAUGAACAUGAUUAUAUUCCUUUGGUUGAAGAGAGUAGAUUUGAAAUUUCGGACGUUGAGCCAGAAGCUGAAGUCGAAAAUGAGAUUGAUUCUUACGAUUCCGAUGCGAGUUUUGAAGGGGAAUCGCUUGAAAAUAUUCUUAUUGCAAAAGAUGGAACGCGGUGGCAGUCUGAACCACUUCCCAGAACACAAACUAGUAACCGAAAUAUUCUUCGCCAACGGGGCGGAGCUGCAUCUUUCAGUAAACUUUAUAAUCAAAUGGAAAUAUUCAAAAAUAUAUUGUCCAAUGAAAUGUGUGACAUAAUCUUGAGGGAAACUAAUCGUAAAGGGACAAAGGUUACUGAAGCAUACAAUAAUAGACUGAUGGAAAAUUACCCUGAUAUUAGCAAGCGACCAAAACAAAAAAUAUUCAAACCAUUCACAGAACAAGAAUUGGAUGCAUUUUUUGGUAUUCUAAUCUUUAGUGGGGUGCAUAGAUCUAAUAAAGAGCAUUUGACUGAACUUUGGAAAUCCAGUCACUUACCAUUAUUUCGUGCUGCGAUGUCCCAUGAUAGAUUCAAAAUGCUGCUACGCUUCAUAAGGUUUGAUAAUGAUGUAACGCGCCUUGAACGUUUGUUAGCUGAUAAAGCCGCUGCUAUACGAGAUAUUUGGACUAUGUUUAUUUCAAAUUUGAAAAAACUCUACAAGCCUCGUGAAUGUAUUACCGUUGACAAACAGCUAUAUGGAUAUCGUGGGCGGACUCGCUUUACUCAAUACAUGCCAUCAAAACCAGAAAAGUAUGGCAUAAAAAUAUUCUGGGCUUGUGAUGCAAAUAAUUCCUACCCCCUAAAUGGACUAAUAUAUACAGGAAAGUCAAGUGAUGGCAUGCGUCAAACAAAUGUAGGAGAAUGCACUGUAUUAGAUCUAGUGGCUAAAUAUAAAAAUUCAGGGCUCAAUGUAACUACGGAUAAUUUUUUUACGUCGCUGCAACUGGCUCAUUCCUUGAAUUCAUGGAAUAUGACACUUGUUGGAACGGUAAGAAAAAAUAAACGGUUUCUUCCUGCAAAUAUGCAAGCACACAAGGAGAGGUCGAUUUAUUCCUCUAACUUCGCAUUUAGCAAAGCAGCAACUGUAUGCUCUUACGUACCUAAAAAAAAGAAAGCAGUAAUAAUGUUGUCAUCAAUGCACAUGUCACCAGUAAUUGAAAGUUAUAAGGAAACUGCCAAGCCUGAAAUAAUUUUAUAUUAUAAUAAAACCAAAAGUGGAGUGGAUAACAUGGAUAAGCUUUUAGCAGAAUAUACUGUAAAACGCAGAACAAAUCGGUGGCCUUUAGCACUUUUUUACAACAUCAUUGACAUUGCAGCUUUGGCGGCAUAUAUCAUUUACAUGGAACAUAACCCACAAUUGACCUCGAGUGACAGACGUAGAAAAUUUUUAAAAUCAUUGAGUUUACAACUGUGUAGUAAAAAUAUAGAAGAGAGAUCAAAAAAUUGCAUUGUGACAUCAAAAUUACAUGUGAGAUCUGCAAUGCAGGACGUGCUUGGUCGAGAACUUAGGCCGUCAAUUUCUUCUGGACCUACAACUUCUAUAAGUCAGACUAGACGAGAUUCUACCGGGCGUGUUGCAGUCGUCGGAAGUUGUUACCUAUGCAGAGAACUCAAACGCAAGCAAAGAAAAACUCGAAAAGCUUGCACCAACUGCAGAAAACCAAUUUGUGAUGAACAUGCAGUAACUCGUCCAACAUGUAACACCUGCUUCGAGAGCUGUACUAAUUCUGUAUGA